AAGAUGAUCGACAAGACCCUUGAAAGGGUCUAUGUUCCAGAGUAUCAAGUACUCCAGAACAUCCAAGAGACCCCUAUUCCAGUGAAUGUGAUAUUGUCAAUUGGGCACUCGGUUUCUGUGAAGGGAGAUCAUACAAACUUUGAGAUAGAAGCUUCAUUCGCGGUGGAGGCAUCCGAGCUUUAUCCUGAUGUUAAAUACACCAUUGUGGAUGAAUACCUCAAUCAGUUUGUUUGAGAGUAGAACUCCUCCGGAUAGUGUUUGGUGUUUCACUUUGCGUAGUAACUAUGAGUAAAUAAAUGUUUAGGUUGUUGCGUGAUGGUCUGGACUCAGGAUAGGGUUUGUGGUUCUUGUUUGAUUUCACAAGAUAUGUAUAGCAAUGUGGGAUUUGAUAUGAAUGAGAUAAUUAUAGUUUGGUGGUGGACUAAUAU